GUCCCUGAUGUAUACCAGACAUCCAUCCAUUGCUCAGUGCUCAGUGCUCAGUGUCCAGGGUCCAGCAGUGGAGUGAGUGAUUCGGGGCUGACCAAUUGGAUCGGCCAAGUAGCAGAUUGCGUGGCCUCAUUUCAUUGCCGGAGGAGGCGUUGUCUGGUGCACGGCUGACCCGCUUAUUACUUUUUACCGCCUACCGGAGGCGUGUCGUUGGCUUGAGCUGGAGUGAGAUGGUGCUGAGGAUCUGCGUCGCCCGCUGCGUCAGCGUUGUCCACGGUCCAGGGCUUGGUCAGCUUGGCCUUGAGCGACGUGGACGGCGUCUUGGUGCUCAGAGUCAGUCCGCCCGAGCAAAAGGUGGCCAACAAGGUCGAGAACGUCGUAGCCAGUAUGGCUUACUUGUCGAGCUUCAGCACGGCCUUGGAGCAAUGCGAGCGCUUGGACCAGGGCGCCACCGCUUGAUGGCCGUCAAAUUCGAGCACUUUCAAGUGGUCCACUUCUAUCAGCAUCGACUCAUCCUCACCUUGAUUGGCACUCAGCAGGCUCGUUUGGGUGCCAUCCGGCAAUUGGCCCAAGAUUUGGCGCCUCUCAUCCAAGAUAUCGCCCACACCGUUCUCAAAGACUAACCCGCCCAUGCAUGGGCCGACCCAUUCGUGUCACCCCGACCGACCGUUUUUAUCGCUAUUUUUGUAUCACUCUUAUUUCGCCGCCAUACAGUAAACGCCAAUUCAUCAUGGGUGAGAGCUUCCAUGCCAUUCCGAUUUUAGACAAGUUGGCCCAGAUUUAUGCCGACGAGUUCACCAAAGACCUGGCUUUGGUCUCGAGCUCGGGCCAACGCUUCCGGGUUCACAAGGCUGU